AUGGAUUUUUCACCAGAUAUUUCAGAACGAAUCGAUACUCUAAGUAGAAAAUGUUCAGAAAAAAAGAAAGUCAUUCUAGACUUUAUAAGUCUACUCUAAGCAAGAGCUGAACUUGAAGAGUAUUAUUCAAGAAGUCUUGAAAAAAUUGGUAAUUAUUAAUUACAUAUUGUUAGGAGAAUCACUUACUAAAUUGAUACAUGGAAAGGAUAGUUUAAAGGAUUUAUUUAUUAUAUUAAGGAGUUACUUUCAUAUUUAAUCAGAAUAAACUAGGACCUUUGCAAGAUAAAUCAAAAAUGAUGUUAUAUAGGAAUUGGAAUAACAUCUCAUUAAAGAAGAUGGUUGGUAAAAAGAAAUGUAAUUUUUGAAAUAAAAGCAUUCCAAAGAAAUUAGAAGAAAUAUUGAAAGUUUAAAUUAAUUAAGAGAUGAAUAUAUUUAAGCAAUUAAUGAAGAAAAGAAAUACUAAGUUAAUAAAUAAAUUCAAAAAAAACUCAGUUACAAACAAAGUGAAAUCAAAUUACAACAUUUCAUUGCAUUUUAUAAUUAAUAUAUUGAAUCUUAUUUCUAAGAUAUUGCUAUUGUUUAAGAUAAGUUUUCAAAUAUUGAAUUAGAAAGAAGAAAAACUAUUUAAGAUUCUGGUAUUAAAUUCUUUAUGUUUGAAAUAUCUGUUGUUCGUAAUCUUUAAUAUGAUCUAAGUGGAAUAAGUUAAAAAAUAGAAUAAUACAAUCCUAAAAAUGAAUUAAAUGAACUCUUUAAAGAUUAACCAUCUGAUAAACCACUUCUUAGUAAAUUAAAUUUUGAAAACUAUAAAUCAUUUAUUCAUUCAUAAUUGAAUUUCAAACCAGAUAAUUAAAUGACAAUUAAAAAAAAGAAACCUAUCUUUGAUUAAACUACAAUUUCUGAAAAUUAAAUAGAAUCUACUUUAUAAUUUAAAGAAACCAAUUAAAUUUAUAUGAAAAUGUUCUAAAGUGCUAUGUUUAAUAAUAUUGUUACAGAUGAAACCGUUACUUAAUUGAAUGAAUUACUUCAACAAACAUAACCAGCAGUCUAUAUUCAAUCAUUAGAUAAAAUACUUAAAUUAAGAUUGAAUCAAGAAGAUGGUUAAUAAAAUACAACAGAUUUUUAAGUAAGUCCUGAAGGUUAUGUUUCAUUACAUAAAUUAAUUAUUACAUGUUUAGAUUAUUGCAAUAAAAAAAAUGAUUAUGCUACUAUAAUAAUAGAUGCUUAUCAAUUAACUAGAUCAAUUUAUAAAUUAAUAUAAUUACCAAAUGAUAAUCAAGAAAUAAAAAUGAGUGUAUUUGGUAUUAAUAUUUAAUUUAAUAUUUUUAGAAGGAUUAACAAAUCAUGCAGUAUUACAUAAUUCAUAAAUCUGGAUUAAUUAUGCAAUUCAAUUAUAAACUUUGCUUGCUAAUAAUACUAGUGUUUUUGCUGAAAAUAGUAAUUAAUUUAUAUAUUUAAUAUUUUAGAUGUAACAAAAGAAUAGACAUAAAAAUAAAUGGAUGAUUAUAUUGAGUCUUUAUAGAGUAUUGGAUGUGAUUAAUAAAUUGUUGAAGCAGUCAAAUUGUAAUUAAAUUAUAAUGUCAUACAGGAAAGUCCUAUUUAAUGA